GUUCAUCGAGUAAAUGCUCUUCAGUCGCGGUGGAAAACGGAUUAGACUUUUGGAAGGAUGUGUCUGCCCUAAAAGUUUAUCCGCAUAUAAUUUAUCACUAAAAAGUAACAGCCAGGAAGCUGAAAAAACGCGCUAAGAAUCUAUAAAAAAUACAAAUAUAAAACACAGAAGUGAAACAUAAAAUACAUAAACCCAAUAUUCGUAAAUCAAAAAUUAGUUAAAAGCUAGGUUCGUGUGCUUGUGUCUUCGUCUUCGUUUUACCGUUACAACUUACGAAAACCGAAACAAAGUGAAAUUAGUGAAAAUAAAUGCCAAAAUUAAUAGGCAAACAUAGCAAAACCAAUUAUUGUUGAUUAAUUACAAGCGAAGUGUAUUCGCCUUGCUUUUUUGGUGACCAAAAAAAAAAGUUAAGAAACAGAAAAAAUACAAAAGCCGUCGGCUUAUUUCACCUGGGAAUUUUCUUAUCAGCAAACAACGAUUAUGGCAAAGGAUCCGGCCACAACGCGAAUUCCCCGCCUGGAUGGCGUCUCUCGGCUUCCAAAGCCGAGUACAUUUGGACUGGCCAGCAGUAGUUGCAGCACCACCAAUAAAACCACCAAUAGCAGCAACACCACCACCCAGCACAUUCGACCACCGACGAGUGCUCCCAAAGCUACGCAAAUAUUUCGAGCGCCCAGCGAUCCUGCAAAAGCGCGACCCGUCAGCUCAUAUGCCCCAUCUUCAGCCGCCCUGCGGGAUUUGGGCAGCAGUCUGAAGAAGAGCGCUAGUGGGGAGCGAAUAAAUAAUGCAGUCAGUCUGCUCAGCAAAAGGACCACCACCGUCCUGAAGAAGUACUUCAGUCCCAAGGCAGUGCAAUCACCAGGAGUGAUGUCCAAUCUAAACGAGAUGACCAGUUCACUGCCAGUGACUCCUCUUCCCGUGGGGAAACGCGGAAUGAUAUCAAACGAUCAGUUGACUAGCAGUACGCCAAUGCCCCUUGUAAGGUCCGAAACUUUUGUUUGCGAAGAUGAAGAGCAAUCAGAUCGCAUCAAAUUGGAGAGCACUCGGCUGUCCACUUUUGGAAGAACCAUGGAUCUCGAUUCGCCGACAUCAAAUGAAACCCAAGUACUGGUAAAAGAUGCCACGAGAAUUAUGAAGACAGAUACCACUCAGAUAUUAAGACCCUCUCAAAACACAUCCAAAACGAUGCUAAGAACGUUUUGUUCAAUGGACACCACUCACGAGAUGACAGCCAGCUUGAGAAAUAACGCAACACACACUGCAAACUCGUCGGGAAUAUUGGGUAGAACAAUGCCAAUGAUUCCGGGCAAGGAUGUGACCAGAACAAUAUCUGCAAAUUCAACAGAGAUUGGAAAUCUUACAAAAAUCGUAGAGGGAUCUGGAAAUCUCACUAGCUCGGUUGAUGGACGAGUUAGUAUUAGUAAAACUUUCGAAGUUGCAACAAAUUGCACUCAAACGUUUGAAAGGGGAGUAAAUCUCACCAAAACUAUAUGCGAUAGGACAGGAAAUGUAUCCAGGAUAAUCGAAAAAGGACAAAAUCUUACAAAAAUCAUAAAUGCUGGACCAAAUGUAACCAAAACUAAAGAGGCUGGAUCCAGUCUAACCCAAUCCAUUGAUAGUACAACUUUGGCAGCUCGUGGAGCAGAUCUAACAAAAUCCCUCAAUGAACCAGGUGACUACACCAAGGUCAUCCAUCAAGGAGCAAAUUUAACCCUGAGCAUGGAUCAGUUGCCCCUGCUAGAACAUAUAUCCAUGCCAUCCGGCUUGGACAUCCUCAGUUCCAAGGGAUCCAGUAACUUGGAGAAACUGGACCAUGAAAGGGACGACACGCUGGACGUGACGUUGACCAGUUUGGCACCGAACAAAACCAACAUGAAGUUGCCUUUGAAUUCCACACUGAACACUGAACGAUUGCUGGAUCUCAGUGGAUUACAAUCACCGAGGCAUAUACAAUUGCUGAACCUAACCCAGGAAUUGGAGAGAGGAACUCCGAGUAGGGGACACCUUCAAUCGGGACGAAGGUCUAUUCCCCAGCACUCGCUUUUAUGUCUAUCCCCUCAGUCGGCCACCACAACACCGCAUGGAAUGAGGCUGAUGGGACAGGCUACUCCACAGCCAGUUCAUCUACUAUCGCCUCUGUUGAAACAGGCACAAAGUGCCCUGGUUUUGCCCACUCGAACGCCGGAUGGAGAUAUAACCAUGGAUGGUAAUGGAGCUCUGGACAAGACCCUUACCUCCACUUCGGGUAGAGCACGAACCCGCUAUAGUUUUGGUUUGGAUCUGCCGGAUACAACACUGGAUUGCUCCAUUGAACUGGUGGACAAUUCCUUUUCAUCAUCCACCCAAUUGCAGCAAUUGCAACAGCAACUUUUGAAGAAACAAAGCUCUUUCGAUUUAGACGAGAGCUUGGGCAUCCUUACUCCCGAUCAGAUGAAGGAUUUCCUAGACUCUCCCCACAACAAUCUCAUGCACAAUCUGGAGUUGAUUAGGAUGCAUCAUCCGAAUCUUAUGCAGUUAAGAAUGGAGCAGACGCCAUCGCCAGAGGAACUGCCUUUGGAUCCCAUUGAAAUAAAAUCAGAAAUUGUAAAGCAGGUGGAGGCUUCCCAAAAUCAGGUGAACACCUCACAGCACUCGAAACUGAGCAAUAGCUUCAUAACCAGCGUCACAAGUGUAACCAGUUUGGAUACGGGUUACCAGGGCGAUGGGGAGAUGUCACGACCCGCAUCCCGGGGCGCUUGUGACCACUCCCCGAGCAACGGACCCCACUUGGGUCGGGUGAGUCGCCAGCCCAGCUUUCCACCUCCCAAUCCGGCGCCCCUGAGGCGUCCGGAUCCCAUGACAGACUCAGAUUUCUUCACCGAAUCCGAUGCGGAUGAUGUCCUGCAUCGCGGCGAUCGUCGGGCCCAGGUGAUCGAUGGCCAGUUGUACGGACCCGAUAUGAUGCAGCCGAGUGCCUCGGUGCCCCAGAUGGAGGACUCCUGCAUGGAGUCGUCGGGCAUAUUCACGGACGUGGAGAACCGCUGCGACGAGGAGAUGCGGCAGCCGGAGUUGGAGGUGGAUGUGGAUGUAGACAUGUCGCCGGAUGACUCCACGCAGACCAUGCGAAAAGGUCAAGGUCAGCCCACGCCCACCCAGCAGAAUCAGCUGGCGCCGCAGCAGCGCCCCCCAAGCAGCUGUCUCUCCUCCUCCUCGGCGGCCACGACGCUCUCUCUGUCGCUCUCCAACCGCACCUCGUACUGCAGCGUCGACGGCGGCAGCGCCCGAAGUUUCUGUGGCGACGAAGCUUUCGCUUCAGCAGCGGGACGAUCGCCGGCGGUGCUCUCAGUUCAGAAAACCUCGUCGCCGCGUCCACACGCUUCACUGUCGUCGCUCUGCACAGUGGAGAAUUUCCGCGGCUCCGUUUCCUCGAACUCGUCGAUCGCCUCGCCCAAGUCGUGCAAAUCAUCGGCCACCAAAAGUGGCGGUAAAUCGCGCGUUUUAAAAUCCCCGAAAUCCCCAAGAUCUCCAAAAUCGCCGCUAAAUCGCAAGGCGCACACGCCCAACAAAUGGGAUGCCGUGAUGAAUAAGAUCGCCAGCAAUAAGUCUCUGAUCAAGACAAACUACAACGAUGUGAAGUCGAAGGUGUCCAGUACACGGAUUAUGACACCGGCUUCCGGUUCGAGUCCUGGUUCCGGUUCCGGUUCGGGUUCCGUAUCCGUUUCCGCCUCGAGUCCGCGCGGCAGUCCAAGUGUGAGUGCUAGUGCCCGGCGUUCGCCCUCGGUCACGCCCAAAGUGCCGCCCAAAUUGCUUUUGGCCAAGAGAUCGAGCAGCAGCAGCUCCUCGUCCAAGGUCAAUGCCACGCCCUCGCCGCCCCCACAUGCGACUCCGCCAACGCGACAGCCACUGGAUAAAGGCUCAGUUGGCGCCGGGUCAGUGGGUGGUGGCCCCCGUGCCGGAAAAGCGCCACCCAAGUCGCCCACCUCCCCCACCACGCCCACAUCGCCGCCCGCCAAGAGACUGCAAUCGACCCUCGUCAGUCGUGGUCGCUCGUACAGUAAGGACAGCCACAAGAGUUCGCACAGCGACUUGAGUUUGAUGUGCAACGGCGGUGGCGGAAUUGUUGGCACAACAUCUCGGGCAACGUCCUCUGUUUCUGGGAGCGGAUCACCGAAGCUAUUGGCAAACACUCAGCUGCGAGCUGCCAAAAAGCGUGAUGUGCGCAAUCUGAGCAUAUCGCCAACCGAUCUGGGACCGCCACCAAAAACUCAGCAGACGACCAAGGGUCAAUCCACGCGCAGCAAAUCAUCAGCCACUCCCACGCCCACUUCAAUACAUAAACGUUUGAAUGGCACUUCGGGAAGCCCUGCUGGCAUUGCAACACCCCUCAAAGGAGUGGCCACAAAAUCCGCCACCACAAACAAGCAGCCACAAUCGGCGAAACUUAAAUCAGGCACGAUUAUUAAAAGCCCCUCAGUUGUCGGCGUUUCCGAGGAAUCCCUUCGUUCUGGCGUGGAUCAAACCGAGCUGCUGGAGCUGAAUAAUGGACAAUCCGCAAGCGGAUGUCCAACUCCGCCGAUGGCUCGUGACUCGAAACGGUCCUCCAUCGGCAAUGAGUUGCCCUGUGAGACGGAGGCCAAGUUGAAGAGGUGCGACAUCCAGAGCGGGAUUAUCCCCCAGAAGACAAACAUUUCCGAUUCGCAAGGAUCCAAGGCAGCUUCCCCCCUUCCACUGAUCAAACCGGACCAGGAUGUCAGUGGUCAGAGCAAAGCAGUUACGUUUACCAGUCCAAAUGAGUGCUUGCCCGAUGAAGUUGGAACGUCGGUCAGCUCGAUGACGAUGCUUGCCACGCCCCGUGCGGACAUAGCCGCCCAGUAUCCCGCCCUGAAGCCCUUCACGAAUAGCGGAGUCUUGGACUACGCCCGGCUGGCCAAGUUCUUCCAGGACAACCAGUUCGAGCGCAUGGAGGAGCACCGCCAGAUCCUGGGACUCGCCGUGAUGGUGCAGUUCAUGUCCCAAGAGCUGGAUGCGUUUGCCUGCAAGGAGACCAAAGAGCAAUGUGCCCGGACCAAGGGAACGCUGGAGGAGACGAUCGGACUGUUGCAGCAGACGCAAAGGGAUUGCGAGCAGCUGCGCGAGGAACUGCAUGCCAAGGAUGUGGAGUGGGUGCAGCGGCAGCAGGAGCGGGAUCAUCUGCAUCGCACUGAACUGAAGCAAGCCGAGGAGAAAGUAGUGGAAGUGCAAAUGCUUGCCAAGCAAAGGUUCUGCGAACUAGAGUCCCAACUGCUCGCCAAGGAUGAGGAGGCCAAACAGGUGCAGCAGGCCUACCACAUGGAGGUGUCGCACAAGCUCACCCUGAAGCAGGAGCAUCUGAGCACUGCCGAACAGAAGAUACUGGAACUGCAGAAGCGGCUGCAGAAACUGGAGUCCCAGGAGCAGGAGAACCGCGAGAAGCUCAUACGCAAGGAGAACACCCACGCUGCCCGGCUAUCCGAGGCCAACCAGCGCGAACAGGAGCUGAACGAUCGGGUCAAGAGCCUCAGCAAGGAGCUGAACACUUUGAAAGCCAACAAGGAGCACAACGAGCGGGAUCUGCGGGAUCGGUUGGCGCUGUCCCAGGACGAGAUCUCCGUGCUACGCACAUCCUCGCAGCGCCGCAGUCCCAGCACCAGUCUGCCGGACACGGCCAGCGCCGAGCUCAGCCGACUGACCAGCGAGGCCGACAGCCUGCGCUGCGUCCUGGAGCUCAAGCAGGCGGAGAUCUCCUCCCUCAGCAAGGCCAAGUCGGAUCUGAUCCGUGAGAGCGAGGAGCGCAUCAAGCUGGGCAACCGGGUGGCCCUUCUGGAGGCACAGAACGAGAUGUUGCGCACCGAACUGGAGGCCAAAACCGAAAAGGAGAAGGACAUCCAACAGAAGAUGGAGGAGCUUGAGAAGGCCUACAAACACGAGAGCAUGAAGCGCACGCGGCUGACCUUCGACAAGGAGGAGCUUCAGUACCACCUUAAGCAGCGAUCCGUGCAGCUCCAGGCGGCGGAGGCCAAGUUGCAUGAACGAUCCUCCGGCUGCCAUGACACCAGCUCGACCAACCACUCGCAUAGCCGCUGCAGCCUGGGCCGCAGUGGAUUGGAGAUCGCCGUGACCACAUCCUCGCCCACUUCGCCGGUGAUGAAGGGCAUGAUCGAGCGCAAUGAUUCGGUCAGCUGGACGCUGGAGAUCGACGACGAGUCGUUCAAGGGCAACACUUCAAAGAUCGUGCGGAGAGCGGGCUCACUGCGGAGCAACACCGAGCGGUGCCCCAUCCAGCGACGACAGACUUCGGUGAGCAAUGGUCACUCCAAUGGGUUGGCCACUAAUGGAGGCUCAUCCCACGCGCAUCCCAAUCCCCUCAGCCAGAGCAUGUCGGCCACGGCAUUGCUCAGGACCAGCAGUAGUUCCGGGGAAGCAGAGGGUCGUCCUCUGUCCCGGGCUCGUUCCCAUUCGGUAUGCAUCAAGGCCUCGGCCUCCAGCUCCGCCGUCUGCGAGUCCCCUGGGCGAAGGCAGAGGCAGCAGGAGGAAUUGAACCUGACCGACUGGCACGAGGAUGCGGCCCUGUGCGCCAGCUCACCACAACCUUCGAUGUCUGCCGAGAUGCGUCCACGCAGUUCCACCAUGAAGCUGAUGUCCAGCGAGGCCAAGAAGUUCCAGGAGAUCCAGGAGUCCGCCGGCGAGGCCAUGGUCUCCGGGGCAAACUCCGAGGACGAGAGCUGCUCGGCCUCCUCCGAGGACAUGAUGCGCAGCUCAUCCGCCUCCAGCACCGCUUCGGGCGGAUCGCUGUCGAAGAGGCCGAAACAACCACCAUCCCGCAUGUCCAUCGAGGAGGCGCUGCCCUGCACACCCAUGGAGGUCAGCUGGUCGGAGGACGCCGCCGAUGCCAGCGGACUGGCAUGACAUGCUGCCUACGAGGAGCAGAUCGACCAGAUCGCCGAGGCGGCCGAAGAGGCUUACGAGAGCGAGGACAUUGAGGAGGAUCAGGACGAACUGAUUGUGGGCGAGGAGCAGCCGGAGCACAGCGACAGCGAUGAUAGCUUCUAAAGCGCUAAGAAACCAAUUUGUGAAACAAAAUAAUAAGGGAAUAGGAGUCGGCACUUGCGACACCGAUUUAAUAUUGAAGUCAAAGUGGGAAGCAAAGCUUGACGUUUUCACUUAUAUAGACCCGUACAGAAAUGAUGAAGAUACACAAAAAUAUAUAAUGAUAAUUCGUACGUUCUUAACUGAAAA